CUAGAGGGCGGGUUUUUAACGAAUUUUAGCCCCGUCGAGUGCGAGAACUAGUUCUCAUCGCGGAGUGACACGCAAGAGCCUUCUCACAAGCUUAAUUGGAACAGCGAUACGCGGAGGAGCGAGGCAGGUGUUCCACGGCCAUAAUUAAACGAAAACAACCUCCCGCCCUUGUGGAAAAGUGUGAUCGGCGCUCACAACCUGCUGCACGUAAAAGUCAUACCUCAGAUUUACGACGCACUGGCCAUUUAAAACCUCUGUUACCCAAGAUGAACAGCAGCAGUGGACAAGCGUAUCCCCUCGCUUCUUUGUAUGUAGGAGACCUGCAUCCUGAUGUUACAGAGGCCAUGCUCUACCAGAAAUUCUCUCCUGCUGGACCCAUCAUGUCAAUCCGUGUGUGCCGGGACAUCAUCACCCGCAGAUCUCUGGGAUAUGCCUACAUUAACUUCCAGCAACCAGCUGAUGCGGAGUGUGCCCUGGAUACGAUGAACUACGAUGUCAUCAAGGGUCGACCUAUCCGAAUAAUGUGGUCUCAGCGUGACCCGGGACUCAGGAAAUCUGGUGUGGGAAACAUCUUCAUCAAGAACAUGGAUGAGUCUAUUGACAACAAGGCACUGUAUGACACCUUCUCAGCCUUCGGCAAUAUUUUGUCCUGCAAGGUUGUUUGUGAUGAGAAAGGGUCCAAAGGUUAUGGCUUUGUUCACUUUGAGACUCAUGAGGCUGCGAACCGUGCCAUUGAUACCAUGAAUGGGAUGCUGCUGAAUGAUAGGAAAGUUCAAAAGACACGUAAUCAUUUGGAAUCUGGCAUUGUCAACGCAAAGGCCCAUUUCCUGGGAGAAAAAUGUCAGUUGUCCAUUCUUAGCUUUGUCGGCCACUUUAAGUCCCGCAAGGAAAGGGAGGUGGAGUUUGGGACCAAAGCUAUGAAGUUCACCAAUGUCUACAUCAAAAACUUUGGUGAAGACUACACUGAUGAGAAACUCAAGGAACUCUUCACUGCAUUUGGGAGGACUCUCAGUGUGCGGGUGAUGAAGGACGAGAGGGGCCAUUCACGAGGAUUCGGCUUUGUGAACUACGCUAACCACGAGGAUGCUCAGAAGGCAGUUGAUGAAAUGAAUGGAAAGGAGAUCAAUGGGAAAGUCAUCUAUGCGGGCCGUGCUCAGAAGCGGCAGGAGCGCCAAGGAGAGCUCAAGCGCAAGUUUGACCAGAUCAAACAGGACCGGAUCCAACGCUAUCAGGGGGUGAAUCUGUAUGUGAAGAACUUGGAUGAUAGCAUAGAUGAUGAGAGGCUGCGGAAGGAGUUUGCCCCUUACGGCACCAUCACCAGUGCCAAGGUGAUGACAGACGGCUCCCAAAGCAAGGGCUUUGGCUUCGUCUGUUUCUCUUCACCUGAGGAAGCAACAAAAGCAGUAACUGAAAUGAACGGGAGAAUAGUUGCGACCAAACCACUGUACGUGGCUCUGGCUCAGCGGAGGGAGGAGCGGAAAGCAAUCCUGACCAAUAAAUACAUGCAGAGACUUGCUACCCUGAGGACCAUGACAAGUCCGAUCAUUGACUCGUACCAGCAGGCUGGAUACUACAUGACCGUACCACAGCCUCCCGCUCGCUCCUUCUACAACCACAAUGCUGUCAGCAACAUGAGACCAGUACCACGUUGGACAGGGCAGCCACCCAGACUACAGGGCCCCUACACGACCCAGUUUGUCGGUAGUUCAGCCCCUCGACGCGGAUCGACCCCGAUCGCCACAGUCAGACAGGCUUCCACCCAGGCUCCGCGCAUCGUGAGCUCCACACAAAAGACAAAUAACAUUGGGACCCAGACUGUAGGAGGGCGUACUGACAUGCCUGGUGUGACAAGGGGCGGCCAGUACAAGUACUCCUCUGCAGUGAGAAACGUCCAGCAGGUCAUUACUAUACCGGCACCCAUGACAAGACUACAGGUUGUUCCAGCACCUAUGAUGGAGCCACCGGUGCACAUUCAAAGCCAAGAGCCACUCACUGCCUCGAUGUUGGCUGCAGCUCCACUCAUGGAUCAGAAACAGCUCCUCGGAGAGCGGUUGUACCCACUGAUCCAUACCCUUCACCCAAACCUGGCUGGAAAAAUCACUGGGAUGCUGCUGGAGAUCGACAACUGUGAGCUGCUGCACAUGCUGGAGACGCCAGAGUCCCUGCACUCUAAGGUGGACGAGGCGAUCGCUGUCCUGCAGGCUCACCAGGUGAAGGAAUGCUCUCCGAAGAAGUGAAGAGCCCUUUCAGGUCAGAAACAACUUCUCCUCCUCUGUUGAGAGACAGCUGUGAAAGGAUCCCUUACAGCAAGUAUGUGUUUUAUCAUCGGCUGCAAUGCCCAUAAAUGUUUAAUUAAGGUUUAUUUUAUUUUUUUUCUAAUUAUGUCCUGUUGUGGAAAACUCGUCAUUGCUCCCCUCAAUCCCAAGUGUUUUUUUUUUUUUUUUUUGCAUUUGUGUCAAGCUACAGUAUUUGCUUGUUUGGUUAAAUGAAAGUACAUUAAAUUGAGUGAAAGAUCAGGGAUCGGCUGUUGUAAAAUGAUGCCCAAAAUUCAGAAAGAAUCCUGCACAGCUGUGCUUCAUACAAAAUGUGCUGAGUUGCAGACACUUACACACUGAGUAUCACCGCAAAAGACUUAACCAUGUCCAUGUUUUUUCCAGAUGUCAGCGACUUUCUGGAGGAGGGGAAAAAAUUGAAAAAAAAAAAAAAAAAAAUUUUGAAAAAGAGGAAAAAGAAAAAAAAAACUAAAGAAAAAAUGUUCUAUGUAGAUUAAAUUGGCAGUAAAGAGAGAUUUGUGAAGUUAAAACUAUUUUGUUGAUGCAGUACCUUUUGUUAGAAGAUAAA